AUGAGCACAAACCCAUUGGAAAUCAUCGACAUCUCAAGCUUGGAUUUUGAAUCUGCCAACAAAUUGCUUGAGGCUGCCAAGACGCAGGGCUUCCUUUUCAUCAAGGGCCACUCUUUCACGCCUCAAGAGAUUGCAUCCAUCUUUGAACUUUCUGAAGAUUUCUUCAAGUUGCCCUUUGACUACAAGUCGAAAUACGCCAUCGACAAGUACAACCACGGAUACACCGGGUACGGCGUGGAGACGUUGGACCCUGAGAAGCUGGCUGUAGGUGAUCCAAAGGAGGCUUUGAACAUCGGAAGCAUGGACUUCACGCUGGGAAAGUCCUCCAAAGUUCUUCCUGACUGGUUUGACGAGCAGCCGCUGAGAAGAGAGCUCAUUGAGAAAACAGCCAAGAAGUUGUACGACACCAAGAUGCGCUUGUUGAAGCUUUUGGCGAUCGCCUUGGAAAUUGAGUCUGAGGAUGGAAAAGACGGAAGUGAGUGGUUUGAGAGUCGGUUUGAGCCAGACAGCGCCUCUGGUACUAUUCUUCGCUUUUUGCACUAUCCCAGCGUCAGCUCAACAAGCCCUGAAGUCAAGAUUCGUGCUGGUGCUCACACAGACUACGGUGCUAUGACGUUGCUUUUCCAGCAGCCCAACCAGGAGGGAUUGCAGAUUUACUCUCCUGUUUCGAAGAAAUGGGAGUCUGUGCCUUAUGUUCCCUCUACAGGCGAGCACGAGGGUGCUCCUAUUGUCGUGAAUAUCGGAGACUUGCUUUCGUACUGGACGGCAGGAUACCUCAAGUCGACAAUUCACAGGGUGCAAUUUCCCGAGGGCACUCAGACGAAGGACAGAUACUCUGUUGUUUUCUUCAGCCACCCCAACGAUGCUACGCCUUUGGACCCCGUUCCUUCUCCCCUUCUUAGGAGUUUGACAAGCCGUGGAGCUUUUGCUGCUCUGGAGGUGAUUACUGCUCAGGAACAUUUGCAGCGUCGGUUGGCAGCCAGUUACGGCUGGGACAAGAAGUGA